GUGGUCAUGAGGCACAUACCUUCCCACCAAAGAGAAAUGAUUAUAAGAGAAGUUCUUUCCUUGUUGGUACCACCACUUAUGGAAUUCCCUCCCUGAAAGAUUCCAGUGGAGCCUGCAUUAGUACUAUUUCAAUGGAAAGCGGCAAUGGAAUGAUGAAAAAAGUUAUGAAUACAAUUGGGGCAGAAGGUCGAGAAAAAGUAAUCAGUCAUUUGAAUGCAGAUGAUUUUCAAAAAUUAAUGGAUUGUUUAGAAAGUGUGUGUGAAAUGACUGAUUUCAGGUCCAUGAUGAAAAAGAUAACACCUAUUAUCAAGAAAGUUAGUGGUGCCAAAGUAGCAUCUAAACUGAUGAGUAUGUAUAUCGGUGAUGGAAAUGAAAAAGAGAGCUCGAACAAGGGUGCUAUGGAUGCAGUGAUGACUCUCCCUUACUAUCACCCUGUCCCUGAUGGACUCCGUCCUGGGAUGGCUGUAUAUGUUCAAGGUGCAGUGCCCGAAGACAGCAAAGGAUUCUCUGUGGACUUUACCGUUGCAAAACUUCAAAAGGCCAAUAUUGCCUGUCACUUCAACCCUCGCUUCAAGUGGGGGAAUAAAGUUGUGUUCAACACGUUUGAGUUUCACAGGUGGAAGAAGGAAGAGAUCCGCAGGAUGCCCUUCCAGAAGGGCGAGCAUUUUGAAGCCAUCUUCAUUGUCACUGAGAUCGGAUACCAGAUCCUGGUGAAUGGGAAGCACUUCUACGUCUUCAGGCACAGAAUUCCAGCACAAGGUGUGCGGUUUAUUAAGGUUGAGGGAGACCUGGAGCUGCAGUCCGUGAAUGUGACGGCAGGACCAAUGGUAGAGAACAUGACAAGGACCUUUCCUGGAAUCUACCACUUACCUCUCCCUCAUGAACAAACUGUCCUUGGUGGACUCUAUCCUGGGAUGUCUGUAUAUGUGAAUGGCACAGUGCCCGAAGACAGCCACAGCUUCGGAGUGGACUUUGCCUGUUGCCAGCAUUGGGGGGCUGACAUUCCCCUCCACUUCAGCCCUCGCUUUUUUCAGGAGGCUCUUGUGCUCAACACGUUUCAAUCUGACAAGUGGGGAAAGGAAGAGAAACUCCAGAAUCCCUUCCAGAAGGGCGAGCCUUUUGAGAUCAUCUUCACUGUCACCGAGACCGAAUACCAGAUCCAGGUGAAUGGGAACCCCUUCUGCAACUACAGCCACAGAUUUCCACCACAGAGUGUGCAGCUCAUUAGAGUUGUUGGAGACCUGGAUCUGCAGUCCCUGAAUGUGACAGCAGGGCCAAAGAUGGAGAACACAAUAAUGACGUUCCCUGCGAUCUACAACCCACCGAUGCCCUACACAGGUGACAUCCCUGGAGGUCUGGGAGCUGAGAGGACCAUCACAGUGCGAGGCUCUAUUCCAAAGAACGGCAAAAGGUUUGAAAUCAAUUUUAUGGCUGGCCAAGAUAUUGCUCUGCAUGUUGAACUUCGCAUGAAACCGUGGAGAGCUGUAGUACGUAAUAGUUUUUUGAAUGGCGACUGGGAAAAUGAGGAACGGAAAUUGACCUUUUACCCUUUCCAGCCUGGACAGGACUUUAAGCUCUCAAUCCACUGUGACAACCGUGAAUUCAAGUUUUAUGCCAACGACCAGCCCUUCUUCGACUACACCCAUCGCUAUGUCCCUAUCAAACAAAUCCGCACCCUGGAGAUUGAUGGAGACGUGACCCUUUCUUACAUUCAAUACUAAGGGGGGAGAGAUCAAUAGUAGCAUAGAUCCCCCUCUUCUAUCUCUCUUAGUCUGCCAGUAGAUUUAGAAUUCUGUUGAAUUUGAGUGGUCUGCCAGUUUUAAUCAAUCACUCAGUCAAUCAGACACUCAAGAAUAAUUUAGAAUAUUAAGCAACAUUUUCAAUAAAGCAUUUGAUCAAGGAAUGCAGCAGGCUUACUUUUCUGCCUUCCGAAUUUGAUCUGUAGAUGAUACAAAUAUAUUUUUUUUAAGUUGGUGUCCUCCAGAUGUGUGGGAACAAUCUUUCUCAAACUUGUCAAAUUUAAGAUGUGUGGGUUUUAACCUGAAGAUAUCCCCAUGUCAUACUGGAUACUGACCCAUUUUUAUGGCUUGAUAUAAUUCCCAAAUUGCAGGGUGGAUGGAUUGAGAAUGGAACUGUUUCAAAAGGACAAAGGAAUCCCCAAAUUCCCUAAAGCCUAGGAUGCCUAUAACUGGAUCAGUUAAAGACCAGCAGCUCCAUAUUCACACACCUUGUUUGAACCUUGGUUAGAGUGAACUCAACCCCUAUGGCAAAUUUACCAUCCAUUCCCCCAAAUGUGGGAAUGCAGUAGCCGAUUAAAUGUGUUGUGUGAACCCAACCCAGGUAGUCUCUGUAGGGAAAGUGUAGGGAAAGGCAUCAUGUGCCCCCAAUUAGAAUGGUCUUGCACCCGUUUCCUGCCUCAGAGAUGCUUUGGAUUGAUUGGGGGGGAGGUCCUAGAGAGCACCCAAAAUGGCAAGCAGGGAAGGGUCGUCCCCCCCCCCCAUGGCUCUUUCGGGGGAUUCGGCCCCAUUCACAAACAGUCCUGCCCUCCAGCUCUGCCCUGAAAGGGGCAGAAGGAAGAUUAAGAACUGCUGCCCGGGCAAUCCAGCCAGAGUGACUCAGACCAGGCUGAAGAGGAAGGCGGGAGGGAGCCCAGCCAGACUUUCAUGAUCCUGAAGUUGCAACCAUCAUGAAAGUGGCAUUAAUGGACAGACAUUGGUGUCCCUGCCUGGCCUGCCUCACAGAGCUGGCACUACAGCCCCCCCACUUCUUUUUUUUUAUUUUACAAAAAUAUAUUUUGCCAUUUGGGGUUAUGGCCAAAUCUGCCCAAGGUAAGUCCCUAAGAAAGAAAGAUCUUUGACUCCAUUUGGAUCAAGCAAUGGGCUCUUUUAUUAAGGAUUAGAGGUUGCAUUAAAAGCCAGGCAAAGUCUGAGUAUUUCCGCACAAAGUUACAGAUUUCCCCCCUGUUUGUGGCCCUCCCCCCUUGACCAGAACACCAGUGUCCAAUAGCAUCCUGGCUUGCAGUUUUCAGAACCACUUUGAUUCUAGGCGGUUUCACAUUCUUUCCCAAGCCAGGUAUCCUUGGAGCAGUGGAAGGCAGCCGCUUAGCACCUCUGGUUCCUGUCAGGGUUCACCCUUCCCCCUAACAUCUGUCUUCUCUCCACCUGCACAGCUUCCCCAAGCAAGCGUUAGCGAAGACGGCAGUGCUGACAUUUGGUCCCCCUUGACAUGGACGUUAGUCCUGGGAAAAAAAACAGAGAAACAAGGAAAGAACAAUUAGAUUGGGUUCAUUGGGGUUUACCUGGUUACUCUCUAUGGCUUGUAUGAAGGAGCUUCGAGGCCUUAACAUGCCGAGCGUCCACCUAGAUGAGGGGAAAGGCUGUGUCCUUAUAAGUGUCCUUCUUUAGUGACAGCCACCCCAGAAUUGGCGCUUUAUGAAGUGUAAGAUUUUCACAAAGCCAAAUCGCCCUGCAGUUUUUGAAUUAUGGCGUUUCUCCAGCACUACAAUUUGUUGGCUUUCAGGCACGUACAACUUGCCCACCCCACCCCACCCAGGCUAAGUCCUCAUGUACCGUACAGUCUGUUUGGUGGUCCCUGAACCACUUGUCCUCCUUCAACUCUAUUUUCAAGAUCAUCUGGCACCUUUGGGGAAGCAUUGUCCUUGAGUUCUAGUAGGGAGUGGUGCUGCCAAUGGCUUGGAUGGGCAACAAUCUCAGCUUUAGAGCUGUUUUAUUGGGGUAGCCAUGAAAGGGCAUCCUCCAAGAGGUUCUAACUGCCUGGGAGGUACCGUAAAGUGA